AUGUCGGGGAGACCUCCUGUCGUCAGCAGUGUGAACCCCACUAGUGGCCCUGCUGCUGGAGGAAACGCGGUAACCAUUGUCGGCUCUGGUUUCACGGGUGCUACGGCUGUGACAUUUGGCUCCACUGCUGCCGCAUUCACUGUGAACUCUAACACUCAGAUAACGGCUGUUACUCCCCCCGGCCCCUCUGGUGGCGGCCCCGUUGCUGUCAUUAUCGCUAGUCCUGGUGGUACUAGCGGGGCUGGCGUUAACUACACCUAUGUAGCUACGCCCGUCGUCAGCAGCGUGAGUCCCACUAGUGGCCCUGCUGCUGGAGGAAACACGGUAUCAAUUCUCGGCUCUGGCUUCACCGGUGCUACGGCUGUGACAUUUGGCUCCACUCCUGCGACCUUCACUGUGAACUCCAACACUCAGAUAACUGCCGUUGCUCCGGCUGGGCCUUCCGGCGGUGGCCCUGUUCCUGUCGUUGUCACUGGCCCUGGUGGUACUAGCGGGGCUGGCGUUAACUACACCUAUGUAGCUACGCCCGCCGUCAGCAGCGUCAGUCCCACUAGUGGCCCUGCUGCUGGAGGAAACACGGUAUCCAUUAUCGGCUCUGGCUUCACCGGUGCUACGGCUGUGAAGUUUGGGUCUACUGCUGCGACCUUCACUGUGAACUCCAACACUCAGAUAACUGCUGUUGCUCCGGCUGGGCCUUCCGGCGGCGGCCCUGUUCCUGUCGUUGUUACUAGUCCUGGUGGUACUAGCGCGACUGGCGUUAACUACACCUACAUACCUACGCCUGUCGUUACCAGCGUGAGUCCCACUGCUGGCCCUGCUGCUGGAGGAAACACGGUAUCCAUUAUCGGCUCUGGCUUCACCGGUGCUACGGCUGUGACAUUUGGCUCCACUCCUGCGACCUUUACUGUGAACUCCAACACUCAGAUAUCUGCUGUCGCUCCGGCUGGGCCUUCCGGCGGCGGCCCUGUUCCUGUUAUUGUUACUGGUCCUGGUGGUACUAGCGCGUCUGGCGUUAACUACACCUAUGUAGCUACGCCCGCCGUCAGCAGCGUGAGUCCCACUAGUGGCCCUGCUGCUGGAGGAACCACGGUAUCCAUUCUCGGCUCUGGCUUCACCGGUGCUACGGCUGUGACAUUUGGCUCCACUCCUGCGACCUUCACUGUGAACUCCAACACUCAGAUAACUGCCGUUGCCCCGGCUGGGCCUUCCGGUGGUGGCCCUGUGCCUAUCGUUGUCACUGGCCCUGGUGGUACUAGCGCGUCUGGCGUUAACUACACCUAUAUACCUGCGCCUGUCGUCAGCGCCGUGAGUCCCACUAGUGGCCCUGCUGCUGGAGGAACCGUGGUAAUCAUUGUCGGCUCUGGUUUCACCGGUGCUACGGCUGUGACAUUUGGCUCCACUCCUGCGACAUUUACUGUGAACUCCAACACUCAGAUAACUGCUACUGCUCCUGCUGGGCCUUCCGGCGGCGGCCCUGUUCCUGUCGUUGUUACUAGUCCUGGUGGUACUAGCGCGUCUGGCGUUAACUACACCUAUAUACCUGCGCCUGUCGUCAGCAGCGUGAGUCCCACUAGUGGCCCUGUUGCUGGAGGAACCACGGUAACCAUUGUCGGUUCUGGUUUCACCGGUGCUACGGCUGUGACAUUUGGCUCCACUCCUGCGACAUUUACUGUGAACUCUAACACUCAGAUAACUGCUACUGCUCCUGCUGGGCCUUCCGGCGGCGGCCCUGUUCCUGUCGUUGUCACUGGCCCUGGUGGUACUAGCGCGUCUGGCGUUAACUACACCUAUAUACCUGCGCCUGUCGUUACCAGCGUGAGUCCCACUGCUGGCCCUGCUGCUGGAGGAAACACGGUAUCCAUUAUCGGCUCUGGCUUUACUGGUGCUACGGCUGUGACAUUUGGCUCUACUCCUGCGACCUUCAGUGUGAUCUCCAACACUCAGAUAACUGCUGUCGCUCCGGCUGGGCCUUCCGGCGGCGGCCCUGUUCCUGUUAUUGUAACUGGUCCUGGUGGUACUAGCGCGUCUGGCGUUAACUACAUCUAUAUACCUGCACCUGUCGUCAGCAGCGUGAGUCCCAUUAGUGGCCCUGUUGCUGGAGGAACCGUGGUAACCAUUCUCGGCUCUGGUUUCACCGGUGCUACGGCUGUGACAUUUGGCUCUACUGCUGCCGCCUUUACUGUGGACUCCAACACUCAGAUAACUGCUACUGCUCCGGCUGGGCCUUCCGGUGGCGGCCCUGUACCUGUCUUUGUUACUAUUCCUGGUGGUACUAGUGCCCCUGGCGUUAACUUCACCUAUAUACCUGCGCCUGUCGUCAGCAGCGUGAGUCCCACUAGUGGCCCUUUCAUUGGAGGAACCACGGUAACCAUUCUCGGCUCUGGUUUCACCGGUGCUACGGCUGUGAACUUCGGCUUAACUCCUGCCACUUUCACUGUGAACUCUAACAAUCAGAUAACUGCGGUUUCUCCCGGCGGCACUGCCGGGUUCACCUACUCUGUCCUUGUCACCGGUCCUGGUGGCAGUAGUGGCCCCGUCUUGGCUGCGAACUUCGACUAUGUGUGA